AUGGCGAGCGACGCGCGCGCGACCGGCGUCGACGUCGACGCGCGACGCGCGAACGUCGACGACGCGACGCGACGCUCGAAGGAUGCGCGCGAGACUUUGCGCGAGGGACGCGCGCGCGACGACGACGACGCGCCGCGCGACGACGACGAUGGCUCGGACGACGGUCGCGUCGUCGCGCACGAGGAUUACUCGUGCGCGACGCCGUUCGAGACGCUGGCGCGGGACGCGGAGACGACGCUGCGGGAGUGGUUGGACGAGGACGCGGCGACGGUUUCGACGCGCGCGAGCGCGGCGGCGGCGUUUCGACGCGAGUUUCGCGAACACGGCUUGCACUGGCGGAAAGAGGCGUACGGGUGCGAGAUGUACGUUGAUGUCGAACGGCUCAGACGCGGACGCGCGUGGGAGACGCUGCGAGGGAAGAGUUUGCUCGAGCUCGCGCGCGACGCCGGACGCGACGGAGCGCGCGCUUCGUCCGAGUACGACGCGAGGAAACGAACGGUGGAUGGGUUCGAUUACGUCACGUUUUUCGAUUGUGCGUGCGUGAUUUUAGUCCGUCCGAUGAGCGCGAGCGGGGCGGGGCAGUUCGUGGACGAGGACGAGGCCCUGACGGUGCGAUCCGCGUUCGCGUUGGCGAUGUCGGCGCUUCGCGUCGGCGGCGCCGUGGCGGUGGCGACCCCGCGAGGUUUUUACGAGCGCGAUUUUUCCGCGGACGUGUGCGCGGGUGAUGAUAACGACGAUGCGGUUUGUGAAACCGACGUCACAAGGUUCACGCGUUUUAGUUCGCGCGAGGAGGUAACGGCGCGAACUUUCGCGGGGUGCGUGAACGCGUUUUACAGAAGCGUUCGCGAGACGCGUCGCUCGAACCCAUCUACGGCAGAUAUCGACGCGGAAACGAAAGCCUUGGAAAGUUCGAUUGUUUCAGCGCGCAUCACGCGCGAGUUCACGCGCGCAAAGGCUACGACAUCGCCGAUGACGUCUGAAAUUGAAGACGAGAGCGACGACGACGAUUUCGGUUUGCGCGUCGACGAGUGGGACGACGAUUGUCCUUGGGCUGCAUGGGUACACGCGGAGGAUCCGUGGCGGACGUUAGAGGUGGACGCGCUCUGGCUCGAUGUGCGCUUAGAUUGCGUCACAUUCUCCGAUCUCGACGUCGAAGACGCGCCGAUUUGGCGUUUGCGGGGCGACCUCACGCAAGCGGCGCGAGAUCGAGGCGAGGAGGACGACGCCGUCAUUUCGAGCGACACGUCAUCGAUGAGCGAGGCGAUAUUCUCGCUCAUCGAGAGCGCGGAGAUCAUUCGUGGAGAAGAUGUCGAAGAUGUGACGGGGGCAUUGGACACGAUGACUUUGGCGAGCGCGGAGUUUUGGGUCGAGCGCGGAUACCAGACGCCUCACAUACCGAACGACGAAACGGCUCGAGGGGUGACGCGUGAUAUCUUUACGUCCUUCGCGACGACGGCGUUGGUGACGCAAGAGUCGUUUCGUGAACCGUACAAAACGGCGCCUGCCAAUUCUAUCCUUGCCCGUUUCGCCCUUCACGCGUGCUGCUCGUUGAAAAAUCCGCGCGCGGUGGCGCAUUCGUGGAACGCUUUCGCUCGCGAGUUGCGACGCGAAUACUGGGAACGGGGACGACUCGUUCCAGGCGUCGUGCGCGAUGAAAUUCUAGGCAUCGAUCACGGCGCAUGCAUAGUUUACCAAAAAUUGCAGAUGCUUAAUCAAUGCAUCGCGCGAAGGAACGCGAAGAGCGACGCCGAGUUGCACGCGUCGACGCGAGCGAGCGACGGCGCGCAGCCGAGAUCCGCCGACUCGCCACGUGGUGACGAGUUCGAUCGUUUGCUCAAAACCACGAGCUCGACGUCGACGAGAAUGCGUCAUCCCGUGGACGAUGAAUUAGAUUUAAACGCGCUGUUGAGUGGCGACGUUGAGCUUUCGAGCGCAGCGCUCGAGAGAGCGAUGAGCGGGAGCGAGAGCGCGACGACGGCGAAGUCGGACGAGUACGCGAGCGCCGAGGAAGAUUUGUCGCCCGAAGACGGCGACGACAGCCGCGCGGAAGGGGUCUCAGAGACACUGAAAAUUCGUUUGUUGAACGCACCGCAUGCGUUCAUUCGCGCGCCGAUCACGCAAGAAGCACCGUGCAUGACGGAGGACGCGUUGGCGGAGCGCGAAGCGGCGCUUCGAGCGUUCGGAGACGACGACGAGGGUCGCGCCGCGCGACAACGCAUUCAAAGCGAUUCGCUCGUGUCCGAUAUGUCCGCGUUCAAAGCCGCGAAUCCACGCGCGGUGUUUGAAGAUUUCGUGCGUUGGCACUCUCCCAAAGAUUGGAUCGUCUCCGGCGCCGGAGAAGAACAAACAGACGAAUCGAGCGGACGCUUGAGCGACAGAAUGCGCCGCGACGGAAACACGUGGCUCGAGCUAUGGACGCGCGCGCCGCGCGUGCCGGCGCAUAAACAGCACCCUCUGUUUGAUCCGAUCGUUGAGGGCGAGAAAGCGAUGCAUUAUCUCGAGACGAUCCCAGCCACCGCGCUCUUCGACGUCGCCGCGCGAUGCGCGUGCGCGGCGACGGCGGCUAUUUUGUCGUCGUGGUGGCUCACGUCGUCGGAGGAAGCAUCAGCGCGAGCACCGGCGGAGACGCACGAAUCGAUCAAAACAGCAAUCGACACGUGCUCGCACUUUUUCGCGCGCACCGAGCCGUUGACGCUGGACGAGUACGAUUUCGUCUUCGCCUCGCUCCAAGUCGCCGAGCGCGCGACGUUUCGCGCGGCGUCCGCGCGCGCCAGGCUUCCCGACGCCCCCCCGGAUCUCAUUUCCCGCCUCCUCACCGCCGCCGACGCGUGCGAAACCAUCCGCGCUCGCGAUAUCCCGGCCUCAUCCCUCCACGUCGUGUACACCGACUGCCAAUCCCCCGCCGAGCGCGCGUACUUGGCGCUUCGCCUCGAGCGUCGUCGUCGCGUCGCCGAGUUCGCCGUCCGCGCCUCGCCACCCCUCCCCGACCACGCCCAUCGCGUCAUCGCGUACGACGACCACACCCGCAUCUGCGUUCGCACCGCCGCGCGUCCGCGCUCGUAG